GUUCGGUAGUUUCUACCGGACCUCCAGAAGAUGGGUAAAGGUGGUGGGACACGAAUACCACUAUGGAUAUCAAUAUUAGCCCUGGUCUUCAUACAGAUCAAAGUUCAAGCCCAGGGUGGUGAACAACCAACAAAGUCAGAGUAUGUUUCUCCAUCUCUCCUGCAGCGACAAAAAUCUUUCAAAUCCCAAGGAGUGACAAUCAUUCCACCUUUUCAAAAUGCACUGAAAGUAAAGGCUGGCAACCCCUCUCACAAUGGCCGUGUGUGCAGCACAUGGGGUAACUUCCACUUCAAGACCUUUGAUGGGGACAUCUUUUAUUUCCCUGGGGUCUGCAAUUACAUCUUUGCAUCCAACUGCAAGUCUUCCUACGAGGACUUCAACAUCCAGAUUAGGCGUGCAAUGGUGGAAAAUGCUACUGUGAUCACUCAUGUCAUCAUGAAGCUGGAAGGAGUAGUGAUCGAACUGACCCCCAGCUCUGUCCUGCUCGACAACAAAUUGGUCCAGAUGCCCUACAGCCAUAUGGGAGUUUUCAUAGAGAGAAGUAACAACUAUUUGAAAGUUUCUGCCAAGCUGGGACUGACCUUCCUUUGGAAUGGACAAGAUGCCCUCCUGGUGGAACUAGAUAAGAAAUAUGCCAAUCAAACUUGUGGACUUUGUGGGGACUUCAAUGGAAUUCCAGUCAGCAAUGAAUUUAUUUCAGGGAAGACAAAACUGACCCCCAUACAGUUUGGUAAUAGGCAGAAGAUGGAUGGACCCACAGAACAGUGUGAUGAUCCUAUUCCUCCUACUUCUCUGAUGAACUGCUCAAGAGACUUUGCUUCUAUCUGUGAGACAGUAUUAACCAGCAAAGCAUUUAUGAGUUGUAACAUGCUUGUGAAUGUCCAGGACUACAUUGAAACUUGCAUACAAGACCUGUGCCACUGUGACAGCUCCAUGGCUGACUUCUGCAUGUGCAACACCUUUGCUGAGUACUCCCGGCAGUGUGCUCAUGCAGGUGGACAGCCCCUGAACUGGAGAACCUCAGACCUGUGCCCCAAAUCAUGUCCGUUCAACAUGCAGUACCACGAGUGUGGCUCUCCCUGCUCCAACACGUGCAGCAACCCUGAACGAUCUGCACUUUGUGAAGAUCACUGCACAGAUGGCUGCGUUUGUCCUCCAGGAAUGGUAUUUGAUGAUGUUAAUGGUGCUGGCUGCAUUCCUCGCAGAGAAUGCCACUGUACCUAUGAAGGUGAAACUUAUGCUCCUGGUGCCUCCUUCUCAUCUAAAUGCAGAUCAUGUACCUGUGUUGGAGGUGAAUGGUCUUGUGUCACUCAGUCAUGCCCUGGGACUUGCAGUAUUGAAGGAGGUUCCCACAUUUCAACAUUUGAUGAGAAAUACUAUUCUUUCUUUGGAGACUGUAGUUAUGUCCUAACCAAGCUCUGUGACAGCAAUGAAUUCACAGUGUUGGGAGAUAUCCACAAGUGUGGCCUGACUGACACUGAGACAUGCCUCAAGGGUGUUGCCAUCAGCCUAAACGGAGGACAAACGAACAUUGUGAUCCAGCCUUCUGGGAGUGUAUUUGUGAAUAUGAUCUACACACAGUUACCAUUCUCAGCAGCAAACAUCACCAUCUUCAGGCCUUCAUCUUUCUUCAUAAUUCUGCAAACAAAUUUCGGCCUUCAGCUACAGGUUCAACUCAUGCCUUUAAUGCAAGUUUUUAUAGACUUAGACCCAUCACACAAAGGGCAGACCUGUGGUCUCUGUGGAAACUUCAAUGAUGUACAGACAGAUGAUUUCAAAACCACCAGUGGUGUGAUAGAGGGCACUUCAGCUGCCUUUGGCAAUACUUGGAAAACUCGGGCUGAUUGUCCUGAUGCCAAAAAUACCUUUGAGGACCCCUGUACUGUCAGCAUACAAAAUGACCAGUAUGCUCAGCACUGGUGUGGACUGCUCUCCGAUACCACGGGACCUUUUGCUGAAUGUCACUCAACAGUGAAUCCAGAAGUUUACUAUAAGACCUGCAUGUUUGACACGUGUAACUGUGAGAAGAGUGAGGACUGCAUGUGUGCUGCCCUUUCCAGCUAUGUCAGAGCCUGUGCUGCUAAAGGAGUUCUUCUCGCUGGAUGGAGAAGCAAAGCCUGCACAAAAUACACCACCUUGUGUCCGAAGUCCUUGAAGUACACCUACAAUGUCGAUUCCUGUCAACCCACCUGCCGUUCUCUGAGUGAGCCUGAUGUCACAUGCAGCAUCAAGUUUGUCCCAGUUGAUGGCUGUACCUGCAUAAAUGGAACCUACAUGGAUGACAGUGGCAAAUGUGUGCCUGCUUCUAGCUGUCCUUGUUACUACAAAGGAAUGCCUCUGUCUUCUGGUGAAGUUGUUCAUGAUAAUGGUGUUGUCUGCACUUGUGCCUAUGGAAAGCUGAGCUGCAUUGGUGAGAAGCCUGAACCAGUCUGUGUGCCUCCCAUGGUUUAUGUUGACUGUGACAAUGUCACUGCAAAUGUGGUAGGAGCAGGAUGCCAGAAGAGCUGUCAGACUCUAGACAUGGAAUGUUACAAAACUCACUGUGUCUCUGGCUGUGUAUGUCCUCAUGAUCAAGUGUCGGAUGGCAAAGGUGGCUGUAUUGCUCCAGAAGACUGUCCAUGUAUUCACAAUGGGAAUUUCUACAGUCCAGGAGAAUCAAUCAGAGUUGGCUGUAACAACUGCACAUGUAGAAACAGAAAAUGGCAAUGCUCUGAGGAACCCUGCCUGGAAACAUGUUCUGUUUAUGGAGAUGGGCAUUAUACCACCUUUGAUGGCAAACGCUUUGAUUUUGAAGGAGACUGUGAAUAUGUUCUGGUCCAGAACUACUGUGGUCAACAAGCUAUGAACCAGGGAACCUUCAGAGUCAUUACCGAGAACAUUCCAUGUGGCACUACAGGAACUACCUGCUCUAAGUCUAUUAAAGUUUUCCUGGGUAACUAUGAGCUGGUACUUGGUGAUGGACACUCUGAUGUCAUCCAGAGGACACCUGGAGGAAAAAUGCCAUUCCAAAUUCGUUCCAUGGGCAUCUACCUGGUGGUUGAUACUACUGUUGGUCUGAUACUCAUGUGGGACAAGAAAACCAGUAUAUUCAUCAAACUUAGUCCCAGCUUUCAGGGCCAUGUCUGCGGACUUUGUGGAAACUAUGAUGGCAAUGGAAAUAAUGACUUCACUACUCGCAUUCAGUCUGUGGUAGGAAAUGUGCUGGAGUUUGCAAAUAGCUGGAAAGUAUCUUCUAAUUGCCCAAAUGCCAAUCGUACACAGGAUCCAUGCACUGCAAACCCAUACAGGAAAGCCUGGGCACAGAAGCAAUGCAGCAUCAUCACCAGUGAAGUGUUUGCAAAGUGUCACUCACAGGUUGAACCAAAUGAAUAUUACCAAUCAUGUGUGGAUGAUGCUUGUGCCUGUGACACUGGAGGAGACUGUGAAUGUUUCUGCACAGCAGUAGCUGCCUAUGCUCAAGCAUGUAAUGAGCUGGACAUCUGCAUAUCAUGGAGAACCCCAUCCAUUUGUCCUCUCUUCUGUGAUUACUAUAAUCCACAAGGGGAAUGCGAGUGGCACUACAAGCCAUGUGGAGCACCUUGUAUGAAGACCUGCAAUAAUCCAAGUGGGAAAUGCCUUCAUGAGAUGAGGGGUUUGGAAGGUUGCUAUCCACAAUGUCCAAAGAAUAAGCCCUAUUUUGAUGAGGAAACCAUGACCUGUGUUUCUUAUUGUGGUUGUUAUGAAGAUGGAAAAUAUUACAAACCAGGAAUGGAGAUGCCUUCAAAGCAGAAUUGUGAAUCAUGCGAAUGUACAGUUCAUGGCAAAAAAUGCAGAUAUGAUGAACAUGAAUGUGUCUGCAUUUAUGAAGGGCAGAAGUACAACUACAAUGAUGUGGUCUACAACACUACAGAUGGCACAGGAUGGUGUAUUGUUGCAAUCUGUGGGACCAAUGGAACACUUCAAAGGCUUAUGCAUGAAUGUCUAAUCUCAACAUCACCCACAACAGCAACGACAUUUCACUUCAGCUCUACACCACCUACCACUACUUCCACAGUAUUUACAGGAAUUCAUUCUUCAUUUCAUGGUCUCUUCCUUUUCCUUUUCUCCUUCACAGUGUCACCAACUACAUCAGUAUGUGUUCAUGAAGUCUGUGAGUGGUCAGAAUGGUAUGAUGGGAGUCUACAAACCCCUGGCUAUGAUGGAGGAGAUUUUGAAACUUUUGCUGAUUUACGAGCAAAAGGUUAUGAGGUUUGUAAAGCCCCAAAGGCUGUUGAAUGCAGAGCAGAGAAAUUCCCUGACAUACCACUGAAAGACCUUGGCCAAAAAGUAGAAUGCAGCACAACACAAGGGCUUAUAUGUUACAACAAGGAUCAGAUUUCAACAAUGUGCAACAACUAUGAAAUCAGAAUCCUCUGCUGUGUUUUUGUACCAUGCUCUUCCACAAGGCCUUUCCGCACAUCAACCCCAGUCACAACUCCAACUCUGACAGAAACAUCGAGUGAAACAACUUAUUCAGUUACUACUGAAAGUACAACAUUGAUACCAUCACCUACUGAAGAAACAACUAAAACGACAACACCUGUCACCACAUCCCCUUCAACAAUCCCUCUUUGUUACAAAGAAGAAUGCUACUGGUCAAGAUGGUAUGAUGUCAGUUAUCCAGGGUCAGGUUACAAUGAUGGAGAUUUUGAUACAAUUGAGAACAUCAAAAAUAAGGGAUACCAAGUCUGCAGCAAUAGAAAGGACGUGGAAUGCAGAGCAGUACGGUUCCCUAAUACCCCAUAUCCUCUACUAGAGCAACACAUAACAUGUAACACAGAAGAAGGGUUAAAAUGCUACAAUAAAGAUCAACUGCCACCCAUCUGCUAUAAUUAUGAACUGCGUUUUAAAUGCUGCAUAAAUAUACCAGUGCCAUGUGAAACAGCCCCUGAAACUCUGACUACAACAACACAACCAACUACAAGGCAUUCAAGUACAAUGUCCAGACCAGAACCAACAAGAUUAAGUUUACAAACAAAACACAAGACAACAACUGGAGAACCAAAAACAGAUUACAUCCACACAAGAAUAACAUCAAAACCAACAAUGCAAACAGAAAAGCAAACCAGUACUACAACAGUGGCAAGCAGCACUACAACAACAUAUUCAACGAACACCCCCUGUGAACCUGAAAUCUGCACCUGGAGCGAAUGGUUUGACGUCGACUUCCCCUCCUCGGGGCCCAACCAGGGAGACUUCGAAACCUACCAGCACAUCCGCGCCGCCGGCAAGCGAAUCUGCCGGCAGCCAAAGCAGAUCGAGUGCCAGGCAGAGGACUACCCUGACGUCGCCAUCCAGCAGGUGGGGCAGGUCGUGCAGUGCGACGUCCACUUUGGACUGGUGUGCAGGAACGAGGACCAGACGGGCAAAUUCAAGAUGUGCCUCAACUACAAGAUCCGCGUGCUCUGCUGCACCCCCAACUACAACUGCUCAAUCCCAAUCCCCGUGAUAACAACCAGCCCCACCACCAGCACCACGACCACAACCAUCCCAUCAACCACCACUGUCACCACCUCCACCUCCACGCCCUACAGUUCCACAGAAAUCAGCACUUCCACCAGCACCACCAGCCCCACGCCGACAACGUCUACCACAACUUCCUCCACCACCCCCUGUGAACCCGAAAUCUGCACCUGGAGCGAAUGGUUUGACGUCGACUUCCCCUCCUCGGGGCCCAACCAGGGAGACUUCGAAACCUACCAGCACAUCCGCGCCGCCGGCAAGCGAAUCUGCCGGCAGCCAAAGCAGAUCGAGUGCCAGGCGGAGGACUACCCUGACGUCGCCAUCCAGCAGGUGGGGCAGGUCGUGCAGUGCGACGUCCACUUUGGACUGGUGUGCAAGAACGAGGACCAGACGGGCAAAUUCAAGAUGUGCCUCAACUACAAGAUCCGCGUGCUCUGCUGCACCCCCAACUACAACUGCUCAAUCCCAAUCCCCGUGAUAACAACCAGCCCCACCACCAGCACCACGACCACAACCAUCCCAUCAACCACCACUGUCACCACCUCCACCUCCACGCCCUACAGUUCCACAGAAAUCAGCACUUCCACCAGCACCAGCAGCCCCACGCCGACGACGUCUACCACAACUUCCUCCACCACCCCCUGUGAACCCGAAAUCUGCACCUGGAGCGAAUGGUUUGACGUCGACUUCCCCUCCUCGGGGCCCAACCAGGGAGACUUCGAAACCUACCAGCACAUCCGCGCCGCCGGCAAGCGAAUCUGCCGGCAGCCAAAGCAGAUCGAGUGCCAGGCGGAGGACUACCCUGACGUCGCCAUCCAGCAGGUGGGGCAGGUCGUGCAGUGCGACGUCCACUUUGGACUGGUGUGCAAGAACGAGGACCAGACGGGCAAAUUCAAGAUGUGCCUCAACUACAAGAUCCGCGUGCUCUGCUGCACCCCCAACUACAACUGCUCAAUCCCAAUCCCCGUGAUAACAACCAGCCCCACCACCAGCACCACGACCACAACCAUCCCAUCAACCACCACUGUCACCACCUCCACCUCCACGCCCUACAGUUCCACUGAAAUCAGCACUUCCACCAGCAGCACCAGCCCCACGCCGACGACGUCUACCACAACUUCCUCCACCACCCCCUGUGAACCCGAAAUCUGCACCUGGAGCGAAUGGUUUGACGUCGACUUCCCCUCCUCGGGGCCCAACCAGGGAGACUUCGAAACCUACCAGCACAUCCGCGCCGCCGGCAAGCGAAUCUGCCGGCAGCCAAAGCAGAUCGAGUGCCAGGCGGAGGACUACCCUGACGUCGCCAUCCAGCAGGUGGGGCAGGUCGUGCAGUGCGACGUCCACUUUGGACUGGUGUGCAAGAACGAGGACCAGACGGGCAAAUUCAAGAUGUGCCUCAACUACAAGAUCCGCGUGCUCUGCUGCACCCCCAACUACAACUGCUCAAUCCCAAUCCCCGUGAUAACAACCAGCCCCACCACCAGCACCACGACCACAACCAUCCCAUCAACCACCACUGUCACCACCUCCACCUCCACGCCCUACAGUUCCACAGAAAUCAGCACUUCCACCAGCACCAGCAGCCCCACGCCGACGACGUCUACCACAACUUCCUCCACCACCCCCUGUGAACCCGAAAUCUGCACCUGGAGCGAAUGGUUUGACGUCGACUUCCCCUCCUCGGGGCCCAACCAGGGAGACUUCGAAACCUACCAGCACAUCCGCGCCGCCGGCAAGCGAAUCUGCCGGCAGCCAAAGCAGAUCGAGUGCCAGGCGGAGGACUACCCUGACGUCGCCAUCCAGCAGGUGGGGCAGGUCGUGCAGUGCGACGUCCACUUUGGACUGGUGUGCAAGAACGAGGACCAGACGGGCAAAUUCAAGAUGUGCCUCAACUACAAGAUCCGCGUGCUCUGCUGCACCCCCAACUACAACUGCUCAAUCCCAAUCCCCGUGAUAACAAUCAGCCCCACCACCAGCACCACGACCACAACCAUCCCAUCAACCACCACUGUCACCACCUCCACCUCCACGCCCUACAGUUCCACAGAAAUCAGCACUUCCACCAGCACCACCAGCCCCACGCCGACAACGUCUACCACAACUUCCUCCACCACCCCCUGUGAACCCGAAAUCUGCACCUGGAGCGAAUGGUUUGACGUCGACUUCCCCUCCUCGGGGCCCAACCAGGGAGACUUCGAAACCUACCAGCACAUCCGCGCCGCCGGCAAGCGAAUCUGCCGGCAGCCAAAGCAGAUCGAGUGCCAGGCGGAGGACUACCCUGACGUCGCCAUCCAGCAGGUGGGGCAGGUCGUGCAGUGCGACGUCCACUUUGGACUGGUGUGUAAGAACGAGGACCAGACGGGCAAAUUCAAGAUGUGCCUCAACUACAAGAUCCGCGUGCUCUGCUGCACCCCCAACUACAACUGCUCAAUCCCAAUCCCCGUGAUAACAACCAGCCCCACCACCAGCACCACGACCACAACCAUCCCAUCAACCACCACUGUCACCACCUCCACCUCCACGCCCUACAGUUCCACAGAAAUCAGCACUUCCACCAGCACCACCAGCCCCACGCCGACGACGUCUACCACAACUUCCUCCACCACCCCCUGUGAACCCGAAAUCUGCACCUGGAGCGAAUGGUUUGACGUCGACUUCCCCUCCUCGGGGCCCAACCAGGGAGACUUCGAAACCUACCAGCACAUCCGCGCCGCCGGCAAGCGAAUCUGCCGGCAGCCAAAGCAGAUCGAGUGCCAGGCGGAGGACUACCCUGACGUCGCCAUCCAGCAGGUGGGGCAGGUCGUGCAGUGCGACGUCCACUUUGGACUGGUGUGCAAGAACGAGGACCAGACGGGCAAAUUCAAGAUGUGCCUCAACUACAAGAUCCGCGUGCUCUGCUGCACCCCCAACUACAACUGCUCAAUCCCAAUUCCCGUGAUAACAACCAGCCCCACCACCAGCACCACGACCACAACCAUCCCAUCAACCACCACUGUCACCACCUCCACCUCCACGCCCUACAGUUCCACAGAAAUCAGCACUUCCACCAGCACCACCAGCCCCACGCCGACAACGUCUACCACAACUUCCUCCACCACCCCCUGUGAACCCGAAAUCUGCACCUGGAGCGAAUGGUUUGACGUCGACUUCCCCUCCUCGGGGCCCAACCAGGGAGACUUCGAAACCUACCAGCACAUCCGCGCCGCCGGCAAGCGAAUCUGCCGGCAGCCAAAGCAGAUCGAGUGCCAGGCGGAGGACUACCCUGACGUCGCCAUCCAGCAGGUGGGGCAGGUCGUGCAGUGCGACGUCCACUUUGGACUGGUGUGUAAGAACGAGGACCAGACGGGCAAAUUCAAGAUGUGCCUCAACUACAAGAUCCGCGUGCUCUGCUGCACCCCCAACUACAACUGCUCAAUCCCAAUCCCCGUGAUAACAACCAGCCCCACCACCAGCACCACGACCACAACCAUCCCAUCAACCACCACUGUCACCACCUCCACCUCCACGCCCUACAGUUCCACAGAAAUCAGCACUUCCACCAGCACCACCAGCCCCACGCCAACAACGUCUACCACAACUUCCUCUACCACCCCCUGUGAACCCGAAAUCUGCACCUGGAGCGAAUGGUUUGACGUCGACUUCCCCUCCUCGGGGCCCAACCAGGGAGACUUCGAAACCUACCAGCACAUCCGCGCCGCCGGCAAGCGAAUCUGCCGGCAGCCAAAGCAGAUCGAGUGCCAGGCGGAGGACUACCCUGACGUCGCCAUCCAGCAGGUGGGGCAGGUCGUGCAGUGCGACGUCCACUUUGGACUGGUGUGCAAGAACGAGGACCAGACGGGCAAAUUCAAGAUGUGCCUCAACUACAAGAUCCGCGUGCUCUGCUGCACCCCCAACUACAACUGCUCAAUCCCAAUCCCCGUGAUAACAACCAGCCCCACCACCAGCACCACGACCACAACCAUCCCAUCAACCACCACUGUCACCACCUCCACCUCCACGCCCUACAGUUCCACAGAAAUCAGCACUUCCACCAGCACCACCAGCCCCACGCCGACGACGUCUACCACAACUUCCUCCACCACCCCCUGUGAACCCGAAAUCUGCACCUGGAGCGAAUGGUUUGACGUCGACUUCCCCUCCUCGGGGCCCAACCAGGGAGACUUCGAAACCUACCAGCACAUCCGCGCCGCCGGCAAGCGAAUCUGCCGGCAGCCAAAGCAGAUCGAGUGCCAGGCGGAGGACUACCCUGACGUCGCCAUCCAGCAGGUGGGGCAGGUCGUGCAGUGCGACGUCCACUUUGGACUGGUGUGCAAGAACGAGGACCAGACGGGCAAAUUCAAGAUGUGCCUCAACUACAAGAUCCGCGUGCUCUGCUGCACCCCCAACUACAACUGCUCAAUCCCAAUCCCCGUGAUAACAACCAGCCCCACCACCAGCACCACGACCACAACCAUCCCAUCAACCACCACUGUCACCACCUCCACCUCCACGCCCUACAGUUCCACAGAAAUCAGCACUUCCACCAGCACCACCAGCCCCACGCCAACAACGUCUACCACAACUUCCUCUACCACCCCCUGUGAACCCGAAAUCUGCACCUGGAGCGAAUGGUUUGACGUCGACUUCCCCUCCUCGGGGCCCAACCAGGGAGACUUCGAAACCUACCAGCACAUCCGCGCCGCCGGCAAGCGAAUCUGCCGGCAGCCAAAGCAGAUCGAGUGCCAGGCGGAGGACUACCCUGACGUCGCCAUCCAGCAGGUGGGGCAGGUCGUGCAGUGCGACGUCCACUUUGGACUGGUGUGUAAGAACGAGGACCAGACGGGCAAAUUCAAGAUGUGCCUCAACUACAAGAUCCGCGUGCUCUGCUGCACCCCCAACUACAACUGCUCAAUCCCAAUCCCCGUGAUAACAACCAGCCCCACCACCAGCACCACGACCACAACCAUCCCAUCAACCACCACUGUCACCACCUCCACCUCCACGCCCUACAGUUCCACAGAAAUCAGCACUUCCACCAGCACCACCAGCCCCACGCCGACAACGUCUACCACAACUUCCUCCACCACCCCCUGUGAACCCGAAAUCUGCACCUGGAGCGAAUGGUUUGACGUCGACUUCCCCUCCUCGGGGCCCAACCAGGGAGACUUCGAAACCUACCAGCACAUCCGCGCCGCCGGCAAGCGAAUCUGCCGGCAGCCAAAGCAGAUCGAGUGCCAGGCGGAGGACUACCCUGACGUCGCCAUCCAGCAGGUGGGGCAGGUCGUGCAGUGCGACGUCCACUUUGGACUGGUGUGCAAGAACGAGGACCAGACGGGCAAAUUCAAGAUGUGCCUCAACUACAAGAUCCGCGUGCUCUGCUGCACCCCCAACUACAACUGCUCAAUCCCAAUCCCCGUGAUAACAACCAGCCCCACCACCAGCACCACGACCACAACCAUCCCAUCAACCACCACUGUCACCACCUCCACCUCCACGCCCUACAGUUCCACAGAAAUCAGCACUUCCACCAGCACCACCAGCCCCACGCCGACGACGUCUACCACAACUUCCUCCACCACCCCCUGUGAACCCGAAAUCUGCACCUGGAGCGAAUGGUUUGACGUCGACUUCCCCUCCUCGGGGCCCAACCAGGGAGACUUCGAAACCUACCAGCACAUCCGCGCCGCCGGCAAGCGAAUCUGCCGGCAGCCAAAGCAGAUCGAGUGCCAGGCGGAGGACUACCCUGACGUCGCCAUCCAGCAGGUGGGGCAGGUCGUGCAGUGCGACGUCCACUUUGGACUGGUGUGUAAGAACGAGGACCAGACGGGCAAAUUCAAGAUGUGCCUCAACUACAAGAUCCGCGUGCUCUGCUGCACCCCCAACUACAACUGCUCAAUCCCAAUCCCCGUGAUAACAACCAGCCCCACCACCAGCACCACGACCACAACCAUCCCAUCAACCACCACUGUCACCACCUCCACCUCCACGCCCUACAGUUCCACUGAAAUCAGCACUUCCACCAGCAGCACCAGCCCCACGCCGACGACGUCUACCACAACUUCCUCCACCACCCCCUGUGAACCCGAAAUCUGCACCUGGAGCGAAUGGUUUGACGUCGACUUCCCCUCCUCGGGGCCCAACCAGGGAGACUUCGAAACCUACCAGCACAUCCGCGCCGCCGGCAAGCGAAUCUGCCGGCAGCCAAAGCAGAUCGAGUGCCAGGCGGAGGACUACCCUGACGUCGCCAUCCAGCAGGUGGGGCAGGUCGUGCAGUGCGACGUCCACUUUGGACUGGUGUGCAAGAACGAGGACCAGACGGGCAAAUUCAAGAUGUGCCUCAACUACAAGAUCCGCGUGCUCUGCUGCACCCCCAACUACAACUGCUCAAUCCCAAUCCCCGUGAUAACAAUCAGCCCCACCACCAGCACCACGACCACAACCAUCCCAUCAACCACCACUGUCACCACCUCCACCUCCACGCCCUACAGUUCCACAGAAAUCAGCACUUCCACCAGCACCACCAGCCCCACGCCGACAACGUCUACCACAACUUCCUCCACCACCCCCUGUGAACCCGAAAUCUGCACCUGGAGCGAAUGGUUUGACGUCGACUUCCCCUCCUCGGGGCCCAACCAGGGAGACUUCGAAACCUACCAGCACAUCCGCGCCGCCGGCAAGCGAAUCUGCCGGCAGCCAAAGCAGAUCGAGUGCCAGGCGGAGGACUACCCUGACGUCGCCAUCCAGCAGGUGGGGCAGGUCGUGCAGUGCGACGUCCACUUUGGACUGGUGUGUAAGAACGAGGACCAGACGGGCAAAUUCAAGAUGUGCCUCAACUACAAGAUCCGCGUGCUCUGCUGCACCCCCAACUACAACUGCUCAAUCCCAAUCCCCGUGAUAACAACCAGCCCCACCACCAGCACCACGACCACAACCAUCCCAUCAACCACCACUGUCACCACCUCCACCUCCACGCCCUACAGUUCCACAGAAAUCAGCACUUCCACCAGCACCACCAGCCCCACGCCGACAACAUCUACCACAACUUCCUCCACCACCCCCUGUGAACCCGAAAUCUGCACCUGGAGCGAAUGGUUUGACGUCGACUUCCCCUCCUCGGGGCCCAACCAGGGAGACUUCGAAACCUACCAGCACAUCCGCGCCGCCGGCAAGCGAAUCUGCCGGCAGCCAAAGCAGAUCGAGUGCCAGGCGGAGGACUACCCUGACGUCGCCAUCCAGCAGGUGGGGCAGGUCGUGCAGUGCGACGUCCACUUUGGACUGGUGUGCAAGAACGAGGACCAGACGGGCAAAUUCAAGAUGUGCCUCAACUACAAGAUCCGCGUGCUCUGCUGCACCCCCAACUACAACUGCUCAAUCCCAAUCCCCGUGAUAACAACCAGCCCCACCACCAGCACCACGACCACAACCAUCCCAUCAACCACCACUGUCACCACCUCCACCUCCACGCCCUACAGUUCCACAGAAAUCAGCACUUCCACCAGCACCACCAGCCCCACGCCGACGACGUCUACCACAACUUCCUCCACCACCCCCUGUGAACCCGAAAUCUGCACCUGGAGCGAAUGGUUUGACGUCGACUUCCCCUCCUCGGGGCCCAACCAGGGAGACUUCGAAACCUACCAGCACAUCCGCGCCGCCGGCAAGCGAAUCUGCUGGCAGCCAAAGCAGAUCGAGUGCCAGGCGGAGGACUACCCUGACGUCGCCAUCCAGCAGGUGGGGCAGGUCGUGCAGUGCGACGUCCACUUUGGACUGGUGUGCAAGAACGAGGACCAGACGGGCAAAUUCAAGAUGUGCCUCAACUACAAGAUCCGCGUGCUCUGCUGCACCCCCAACUACAACUGCUCAAUCCCAAUCCCCGUGAUAACAAUCAGCCCCACCACCAGCACCACGACCACAACCAUCCCAUCAACCACCACUGUCACCACCUCCACCUCCACGCCCUACAUCUCCACUACCACGAGUCCCACCUCCACGGAAAUCAGCACUUCCACCAGCACUACGCCGACGACGUCUACCACAACUUCCUCCACCACCCCCUGUGAACCCGAAAUCUGCAUCUGGAGCGAAUGGUUUGACGUCGACUUCCCCUCCUCGGGGCCCAACCAGGGAGACUUCGAAACCUACCAGCACAUCCGCGCCGCCGGCAAGCGAAUCUGCCGGCAGCCAAAGCAGAUCGAGUGCCAGGCGGAGGACUACCCUGACGUUGCCAUCCAGCAGGUGGGGCAGGUCGUGCAGUGCGACGUCCACUUUGGACUGGUGUGCAAGAACGAGGACCAGACGGGCAAAUUCAAGAUGUGCCUCAACUACAAGAUCCGCGUGCUCUGCUGCACCCCCAACUACAACUGCUCAAUCCCAAUCCCCGUGAUAACAAUCAGCCCCACCACCAGCACCACGACCACAACCAUCCCAUCAACCACCACUGUCACCACCUCCACCUCCACACCCUACAGUUCCACAGAAAUCAGCACUUCCACCAGCACCACCAGCCCCACGCCGACAACGUCUACCACAACUUCCUCCACCACCCCCUGUGAACCCGAAAUCUGCACCUGGAGCGAAUGGUUUGACGUCGACUUCCCCUCCUCGGGGCCCAACCAGGGAGACUUCGAAACCUACCAGCACAUCCGCGCCGCCGGCAAGCGAAUCUGCCGGCAGCCAAAGCAGAUCGAGUGCCAGGCGGAGGACUACCCUGACGUCGCCAUCCAGCAGGUGGGGCAGGUCGUGCAGUGCGACGUCCACUUUGGACUGGUGUGUAAGAACGAGGACCAGACGGGCAAAUUCAAGAUGUGCCUCAACUACAAGAUCCGCGUGCUCUGCUGCACCCCCAACUACAACUGCUCAAUCCCAAUCCCCGUGAUAACAACCAGCCCCACCACCAGCACCACGACCACAACCAUCCCAUCAACCACCACUGUCACCACCUCCACCUCCACGCCCUACAGUUCCACAGAAAUCAGCACUUCCACCAGCACCACCAGCCCCACGCCGACAACGUCUACCACAACUUCCUCCACCACCCCCUGUGAACCCGAAAUCUGCACCUGGAGCGAAUGGUUUGACGUCGACUUCCCCUCCUCGGGGCCCAACCAGGGAGACUUCGAAACCUACCAGCACAUCCGCGCCGCCGGCAAGCGAAUCUGCCGGCAGCCAAAGCAGAUCGAGUGCCAGGCGGAGGACUACCCUGACGUCGCCAUCCAGCAGGUGGGGCAGGUCGUGCAGUGCGACGUCCACUUUGGACUGGUGUGUAAGAACGAGGACCAGACGGGCAAAUUCAAGAUGUGCCUCAACUACAAGAUCCGCGUGCUCUGCUGCACCCCCAACUACAACUGCUCAAUCCCAAUCCCCGUGAUAACAACCAGCCCCACCACCAGCACCACGACCACAACCAUCCCAUCAACCACCACUGUCACCACCUCCACCUCCACGCCCUACAGUUCCACAGAAAUCAGCACUUCCACCAGCACCACCAGCCCCACGCCGACAACAUCUACCACAACUUCCUCCACCACCCCCUGUGAACCCGAAAUCUGCACCUGGAGCGAAUGGUUUGACGUCGACUUCCCCUCCUCGGGGCCCAACCAGGGAGACUUCGAAACCUACCAGCACAUCCGCGCCGCCGGCAAGCGAAUCUGCCGGCAGCCAAAGCAGAUCGAGUGCCAGGCGGAGGACUACCCUGACGUCGCCAUCCAGCAGGUGGGGCAGGUCGUGCAGUGCGACGUCCACUUUGGACUGGUGUGCAAGAACGAGGACCAGACGGGCAAAUUCAAGAUGUGCCUCAACUACAAGAUCCGCGUGCUCUGCUGCACCCCCAACUACAACUGCUCAAUCCCAAUCCCCGUGAUAACAACCAGCCCCACCACCAGCACCACGACCACAACCAUCCCAUCAACCACCACUGUCACCACCUCCACCUCCACGCCCUACAGUUCCACAGAAAUCAGCACUUCCACCAGCACCACCAGCCCCACGCCGACGACGUCUACCACAACUUCCUCCACCACCCCCUGUGAACCCGAAAUCUGCACCUGGAGCGAAUGGUUUGACGUCGACUUCCCCUCCUCGGGGCCCAACCAGGGAGACUUCGAAACCUACCAGCACAUCCGCGCCGCCGGCAAGCGAAUCUGCUGGCAGCCAAAGCAGAUCGAGUGCCAGGCGGAGGACUACCCUGACGUCGCCAUCCAGCAGGUGGGGCAGGUCGUGCAGUGCGACGUCCACUUUGGACUGGUGUGCAAGAACGAGGACCAGACGGGCAAAUUCAAGAUGUGCCUCAACUACAAGAUCCGCGUGCUCUGCUGCACCCCCAACUACAACUGCUCAAUCCCAAUCCCCGUGAUAACAAUCAGCCCCACCACCAGCACCACGACCACAACCAUCCCAUCAACCACCACUGUCACCACCUCCACCUCCACGCCCUACAUCUCCACUACCACGAGUCCCACCUCCACGGAAAUCAGCACUUCCACCAGCACUACGCCGACGACGUCUACCACAACUUCCUCCACCACCCCCUGUGAACCCGAAAUCUGCAUCUGGAGCGAAUGGUUUGACGUCGACUUCCCCUCCUCGGGGCCCAACCAGGGAGACUUCGAAACCUACCAGCACAUCCGCGCCGCCGGCAAGCGAAUCUGCCGGCAGCCAAAGCAGAUCGAGUGCCAGGCGGAGGACUACCCUGACGUUGCCAUCCAGCAGGUGGGGCAGGUCGUGCAGUGCGACGUCCACUUUGGACUGGUGUGCAAGAACGAGGACCAGACGGGCAAAUUCAAGAUGUGCCUCAACUACAAGAUCCGCGUGCUCUGCUGCACCCCCAACUACAACUGCUCAAUCCCAAUCCCCGUGAUAACAAUCAGCCCCACCACCAGCACCACGACCACAACCAUCCCAUCAACCACCACUGUCACCACCUCCACCUCCACACCCUACAGUUCCACAGAAAUCAGCACUUCCACCAGCACCACCAGCCCCACGCCGACAACGUCUACCACAACUUCCUCCACCACCCCCUGUGAACCCGAAAUCUGCACCUGGAGCGAAUGGUUUGACGUCGACUUCCCCUCCUCGGGGCCCAACCAGGGAGACUUCGAAACCUACCAGCACAUCCGCGCCGCCGGCAAGCGAAUCUGCCGGCAGCCAAAGCAGAUCGAGUGCCAGGCGGAGGACUACCCUGACGUCGCCAUCCAGCAGGUGGGGCAGGUCGUGCAGUGCGACGUCCACUUUGGACUGGUGUGUAAGAACGAGGACCAGACGGGCAAAUUCAAGAUGUGCCUCAACUACAAGAUCCGCGUGCUCUGCUGCACCCCCAACUACAACUGCUCAAUCCCAAUCCCCGUGAUAACAACCAGCCCCACCACCAGCACCACGACCACAACCAUCCCAUCAACCACCACUGUCACCACCUCCACCUCCACGCCCUACAGUUCCACAGAAAUCAGCACUUCCACCAGCACCACCAGCCCCAUGCCGACAACGUCUACCACAACUUCCUCCACCACCCCCUGUGAACCCGAAAUCUGCACCUGGAGCGAAUGGUUUGACGUCGACUUCCCCUCCUCGGGGCCCAACCAGGGAGACUUCGAAACCUACCAGCACAUCCGCGCCGCCGGCAAGCGAAUCUGCCGGCAGCCAAAGCAGAUCGAGUGCCAGGCGGAGGACUACCCUGACGUCGCCAUCCAGCAGGUGGGGCAGGUCGUGCAGUGCGACGUCCACUUUGGACUGGUGUGCAAGAACGAGGACCAGACGGGCAAAUUCAAGAUGUGCCUCAACUACAAGAUCCGCGUGCUCUGCUGCACCCCCAACUACAACUGCUCAAUCCCAAUCCCCGUGAUAACAACCAGCCCCACCACCAGCACCACGACCACAACCAUCCCAUCAACCACCACUGUCACCACCUCCACCUCCACGCCCUACAGUUCCACAGAAAUCAGCACUUCCACCAGCACCACCAGCCCCACGCCGACGACGUCUACCACAACUUCCUCCACCACCCCCUGUGAACCCGAAAUCUGCACCUGGAGCGAAUGGUUUGACGUCGACUUCCCCUCCUCGGGGCCCAACCAGGGAGACUUCGAAACCUACCAGCACAUCCGCGCCGCCGGCAAGCGAAUCUGCCGGCAGCCAAAGCAGAUCGAGUGCCAGGCGGAGGACUACCCUGACGUCGCCAUCCAGCAGGUGGGGCAGGUCGUGCAGUGCGACGUCCACUUUGGACUGGUGUGCAAGAACGAGGACCAGACGGGCAAAUUCAAGAUGUGCCUCAACUACAAGAUCCGCGUGCUCUGCUGCACCCCCAACUUCAACUGCCCAUUCUCCACCGUUUCACCUACUACCAGCACAUCAACUCUUACUACCCUUAGUGAAGCCUUCUUUACAACACCUCCUCCUCCGAUUUCAACUACUCCAUGUUUCUGCAAGAUUGGUGAUGCUAUUUUUUCCCCUGGUGACUUGAUUUACAACAGGGUGGAUAGUGAAGGAUGUCGAUUUUAUGCUAUCUGUAGCCCUACAUGUAAUAUUGAACGACACAGUGUACAUUGUCCUGUCACUACUCUUCCAGCCACCACUUCCUCUGAGUGGUCUACAAUAACCACAUCAGUUCCUCUGCCUCCCACCUCUACAAGUGCUGUUUUUCAUGGUUGUGUUUCCUCUACUUACCCUCCAUUAGAACCUGGAGAAAGAUUCAAAUUAUCCAACUGUACAGAAGUCAUCUGUAAUGGAGACAACAGUAUAGAUGUAGUACCAACGUACUGCCCACCUGUAAAGAAAAUUACCUGUGCAAACAAAUACCCACCAAUGCUGGUACCUGAUGAAAAUGGAUGCUGUUAUCGAUAUGAGUGUCAAUGUGUGUGUAGUGGAUGGGGUGAUCCUCAUUACAUUACUUUUGAUGGAACCUAUUAUACCUUCCUUGAAAAUUGCACUUACGUCUUGGUGAAACAGAUUGUCCCUAGAUAUGACAACUUCCGUGUUUACAUUGACAAUUAUUACUGCGAUGCAAAAGAUGGACUCUCCUGCCCUAAAUCCAUUAUUAUUUUCUACAAAUCUGCAGAAGUGGUGCUGACUCGUCAACUCAUGAAUGGUGUGAUGACCAAUGUGAUGUACUUCAACAAAAAGAUUGUUGGACCCGGCUUCAAAAAAGAUGGCAUUUCUUUCUCCACUCUUGGCAUCAAUAUGAUUGUUGAAAUAGAAGAAAUUGGUGCUGUCAUCACCUUUAGUGGUCUGAUUUUCUCUGUCAAGCUCCCAUACAGCAAAUUUGGCAACAACACUGAAGGACAAUGUGGAACAUGUACAAACAAUAAAGAAGAUGAAUGCCGCUUACCAAGUGGUAAGAUCAUUUCCUCCUGCCCCCAAAUGGCUCAUCACUGGAUUGUCGACAACAACAAAUCGUGCCAUGGAAUACCAAUACCACCAGCUAUAACCACACCUCCACCAAAGCCGCAAUGUCAAACGCCUGCGCUCUGCAAGCUUAUCUUGAGCGAGGUUUUUGCAGAAUGUCACACAGUGAUACCACCAGAACCAUUUUUCAAAGGCUGUGUUUUUGAUGGAUGUCGCAUAGACGAUGAAUCCAUGCAGUGUUCCAGUUUGGAGAUAUAUGCUACAGAGUGUGCUGCUAGAGGUGUCUGCAUUGACUGGAGAGGAAUGACUAACAAUACAUGUUCAUUCAGCUGUCCAUCAAGCACGGUAUACAAGCCUUGCGGGCCCAUUAAUCCAGUUACCUGUGACCAAAGCUAUGAGCGUCCUGGCUAUGGAGUAACUGAAGGCUGUUUCUGUCCUGAAGGAAUGACACUCUUGCGUGCAGAGAGCAACAUCUGUGUCUCUGAAUGUUUCUGCAGAGAACAAAAUGGAAUGUCCAGAAGGCCAGGAGAAAAAUGGACAAAAGAUUGCCGAGAAUGUGUCUGUGACAAAAACACUCUUCAGGUGAAGUGUACAAAGCACGAAUGUUCUCUGACACAGCAAGUAUUUUGUGAAGGACCAGGUUACAUGCCUGUUCAGAUACCGAUACCAGAAGAUCCAUGCUGUACUAGGACUGAGUGCUACUGUAACACAAGCCUCUGUGCUGACAUCACACCCCAGUGCUUAGAGGGGCAGGAAAUAAUCACAAUAAUGCCACCUGGAAACUGCUGUCCUAUCUUUGAAUGCAGACAGGGCUGUGUAGUCAACGAAACCUAUUAUGCACCUGGAGCUGACAUUCCAUCAGGUCCCUGUGAAGAAUGCACCUGCUCUGCAUCCUCUCCCUCGAGGCCUCACCACCUUACGGUGACGUGCCAGCCUGUUAUCUGUGACACAUACUGCCCACUGGGCUAUAAAUACACAGUGGAACCCGGACAGUGCUGUGGCACGUGCAAGGCAGCGGCGUGUGUAGUGACUCUGGGAGACAACGUUACACACGUGCUCCAUGAAGGAGAAACCUGGAAUCCACCUGAUGAUAACUGUACUGUUUACACAUGUGAAAAACAUGCUGACCAGUUCAUACAAGUCAUCAAAGAGGCAAGCUGUCCUGCCUUGAACUAUGAUGAGUGUGAUCCAGAGGAUAUCAGGUUAUCUGACGAUGGCUGCUGUUUAGUGUGUCAAAGAGUACCAAAACUUUGUAUGAAGCACAAUAUGACUACUGUCAUCAACUACAAUGGCUGUGUAUCUCCUGCACCUGUUGAGAUAACAUACUGUGAAGGCAGCUGUGAUGCUUACUCACGAUAUUCUCAGACGACAAACACGAUGGUGCACAAAUGCUCGUGUUGUCAGGAAAUCAAGACCAGCAAGAGAAAUGUGACUCUGACGUGCAGUGAUGGAACCUCCCUGGAUCACUCCUACACCUACGUGGAGAAAUGCAGCUGUGUGACUGCUGAGUGCAUUACCCAAGGCAACACCCAACAGGAGACACAGCAGAUAAAGACUUCUCAGGAGCAAGCAAAUGUCAAAAAUUAGAAUUAGAGAGAAGUCCUCAAACAAGGGCUGAUAAUCAGACUAAAUAAAGAAACUUCAAAAAAUACAAAAGUGUCAAGAGCAGCUAAAAUUUUGGAUGAACAGAUGAUGUUUUCUGCAUAAUCUCCCAGUAUGUCUGUCUACAGAAUUUCAGCUUUCAUUAUCAAUCUAUCUCCCAUUGGUUUUAUGUCUUUUGUUUUUCACCUUGAGAGGUGUAAGUUCAUCUUGACAUUUUUGUUCAUUUAUCUUCUGAGAAGUGCUGGACUUUUAAUAACAUUUUCAUUUCAGUUCACCGAGAAAAAUCAAAAGACAAAUCCAGAAAACAAACCAAACCCAAGGAAAACUGUACCCCUCUGCUUCUAUAUGAUUUUUGGGUUAUUUUGGCUGAAGAAAACUUAGAGGGCAGAAAGCCAUAUUUUUUCAAAACUUUAAACUUCAAUAUUCGGAACAAUUUAUGAUGGACAUAUUUCCCCACAUAUUUUUGUGAGGAAAAGGAAAAAUCCUAUUGUGAGAAGCUGCUGCACACUACUUUUUGUUUACAUAACACCAUCAGCAUAGUAGCUGUAUGAAAAUACGGAUUUUUUAAUUUUUGUUUUGUUAUGUGGUUAACUGUUUACAAAAUAAAUAUAUAUAUAUUUGCCAACAGAGGCAUAUGAAGGAUUUUUUUAAAACAAAAGUAUAAUAAUAAUAAUAGUAAUAAUAAUAAUAAUAAUAAUUGUAAAUUCUUUCCUAUGAAGCUUCAAGAAGUUGGACCACUACUAUUUAUUACUUUUUUUUUUUUUUUUUUUUUUGAAAACUGAUUUAUUGGGUCAUUUCUUUCAGAAUUAAUGUUAAUAUCCCAUUUCUUACUCUCAGUCGUGUUGUCUGGCUAUGGUAUAUUUUCUUUUGUUUUUGAAUAUUAUUUUAUUUUUGUUCCUUAUGACACAAAAAAGCAAUUAUGAUUAAUAAAUUUUGAGCAUUUUA